AAAUUGAAAUCACAUCCUUCUGUUAAUCCGAGGAGUGAACAACUACUGCAGACGCAGCGCUCGCAUUAACCAAAAACAGAUUCUCUAACCAGUUUUGUGAAUCGAGUCAACCGAAUCGUAUCAGAGGGCUUGCCCGCGUGACAAGUUAUUAAGAAACAGUUAUCGCCGGUUUUGAUUGUCGUUGGCCGUUUGCAGUUCCGGUGUUUUUUUUCAUACUAAAAAUGGACAUUUCCGCCUACCAGCAUAUGAAUAUUCGCAUGAGCACUCGUGGUAAGAGACCACUAAGGAAUCUAACACCUAAUGACAAGGUUCGGGCCAUUCAACGGAUUCACAAUGGCGAAACUAAGGCAAGUGUCUCCAGGGAUAUUGGUGUUCCAGAAUCCACAUUGCGUGGUUGGUGCAAGAAUGAGCAAAAACUAAGAUUUAUGUGCCGACAAUUGGGUCCAGAUCAUAUGGGUCUCGAUACACCGCCAGAAAAACGAGCCAAAUUCGAAUUGCAGCUGUUGCCGCCCAAAUUUCCUCCACUCCCCAAUUACAAUGAAAUCGGUUUCGGUAGUCUGCCAUUUCCCGCCAUUGAUUACACGGCCCAUAAUGAUAGUUUGCUGGAAAAAUUGGCAUUGCUUGAGUUUAUGAAAAAGAAUGGAUUGCAUCCUGAAGCCAUGCAACAAUUGGGAGAUGCAACUCCAGCAGGCGGAGCAUCGGAUGUUGUGGAUUACUCCGGUAAUGGUAUGCUCAAUCAGCUCAAUCUUUUGACACUGCUCAAUUCGAAAUUGUCUCCGGAAUCUGGUGAUGCCUCCAAUACCACCACCGCCAGCGGCAGCAGCAGCAUCACUACCACCACUAGCACUUUCAUGCCAAAGUCGGAGAGUACAAUAUCUAUGCAGCAGCUAGAUGAGUCAAAGAAGUACAAUAGUCCCUUACUUAGUGUUAAAAAUUGGGCGAAAGAUCCAGCCAAACAAGUGCCAUCUUCUCAUGAGACGCCACCACAAAUUAACGAUAAGAAUAACAAUGAUAUGGAAUCAGCUGAUAUAGCCAUAACGACGACUUCAUCACCGAAUUUAUUAAUGGAGAGUGGCAAACUAAAAGCAUUUAACGAUGAACACAUUAUUUCGACAACGUUUCCAAAUCACACAUUUCCGGAUCAAGCUCCAUUGGUGUCUACAAAUGCCACCGAAGAUGUCAACGGACAAGGACAAGGACCAUCCGCCUUGUUGGAUUGGUGCAAAAUAUUUAAUGCUAGUCUAAAUUUCUUGGCGUUUGCUGCAGCGGCCGCUUCUAUGCAACCCGGAGGUGGUGGCUCUGGGAGCAACUUUGCUGCACCACCAACGCUUGGAGAUGAGUCUUUCAGUCUGAACGAUGCCCUACUGAAACGGCUGAGUCCGUUGGCACAUAGUGAUGCCUCGAAUGAAAGCUAUUGCGACAGUGAGCCGGAGGAUCUAUCUGUUCGAUCGUGUGCAUCCAAAGCCUCUAGUCCAAGUCCGGCCAAUAGCAGAUCGCAGAGCCCUGACAAGAGCAGCGCUUCGAGUGUCCUACACAGUGAUGGCGAACAAUAGUCAAUUCCAGUGGUUAUAAUCAAUUAACUUAACAUUGUAAAUAAACCAAAUUAGUUUACAUAUUAGUGGAUGGUUUUCUUGAUUUAUUCACACACACACACACACACAUAGAGACACCAAAACACAUCCCUUGCACUCACAAUUACAUACAAAAUGUAACAUCCCCAUACUCUCAAUAUACCAAUAUAAAAUCAAAUGUACAGAGUA